UUGAUCACGCAAGACAAAUUUCUGCUCGUACUUCAACUUUCAUAAUAAGGCAGAUGAAGAUAGCCUUGAGAGAAUUGAAUUCAUAAAGCUUUUUCCCCCUGUUAUGCUUUGGCUUACGGAGGACUUUUGGCAUCCAUCUACCAGCACACUAAAAACUCUCCAUAAUCGACCUAGCUGUUGUUGAAGCUUUCCAUCUGUUUUACUCUUUGAUCACCCUCCACCUGCACUACAAAUAGUUUUCUAAGAUACUGUGCAACAGAAUGGAAUUUAAUUCCGUGCCGUCACUGCUGCAUAUAACAUCCGUGGGAAUUGCUUUGCGUCUCCUACAAGACAUUGAAAUCGAAAAGAUGUUGGAUUUGGAUAUAAUGAGACCUUAUCGGUUAAAUAGUUUCGAUCGUGGCAGGCAUGAUCUGUGGAAACUAAUAGAAAAAACUGCAAUGGAGAAAUUGCCUCCGCUUCCGCCUUCACUUCCGAUCCAAGUGGCCAAAUUCAUCCGCCAAAUGCAUUACGAAUUUGUAUCGUGGCUACUGGACCAUAACUUGAUGUCCGAGGAAAAAGGGUGUUGUAUUAACUACAGGAAAUUUAUUUGUUGGAAAACCGAUGGAACUAUCAACAGGAUAAAAACCGCCGAAAAGUUUAUCGAGGAUGAAGAAAUAGAGCAUCCGGACCGCCUUAUUGUGGCCUGCAGUUAUCUUUUUGUUUGCGACAUCUUGAGACUCUGGCGUCAAAGGAAAGUAUCUGGCACAGAGAAUGUGACUCGAGCGGGUAAUAAUUCAGCAGUGAGAGUCUGGAUGCAUUUGCUGACAAAAGGGAAUAAGAAACAUGUGCAUGAAGUGUUCCGAGACUUUUUCAGAACUGAAUGUUUAAGCGAAUCGGACAUUCCAUUGAGGUUAAGUUCUUAUUUUCGGUUUCUAUCCUUAGAAUGCAGGAGGGAUUAUUUAGUAAAUUACAGCUUCGCCAUACAUGCAGACGAUUUUAGGUUGUGUCUGUUCCAGAUGAGUGAACAAGAACGCACAGAAUUAUUCCAAACUAUGCCUAGAGUUGUGCUUAUGAACUAUUUGAAUUGGCCACUUCAGUAUUUGUUCUUAAAAAUGGCGAAGGAAUUAGUGCAAUACUUAGAUCUAGCUGAUUUUGAAAACAUCAUGGAUGGCAUGUUGAGUUUUCUCUUUCUAAACGAAUACGAUUAUGCGAGUCUCUUUAAAGAAUUUUGGACCAUCAUUCCUGAUUGCUUUAAAGUCGAAUUAAGAAAGGAUAUAAAAAGGUUCAAACCUUUUGAAAUAAUCCUUAACUAUGACAGGAAAUUGUAUUCGAAAUCUCUUGUGGAGACUCUUGCAGAAUAUUGUUACGAAUAAAUAUUUCUAUCGUGUAGAUCUGGCAUUUUUCCCCCUUGAAAUUUACACCCCUAGUAGUUUGGAUUUUUAAAUCCAAGCCCAAAUCUGCAAGUUGAGCUUCUUGGGUAUAAAUGUUAAGGUCAAUUUUUCAAAAUCACGACUUCUUCAAAGUCAAGACAAGGUUUCUUAAGGUCAAGACUUCUCAUGAACUUAUCAUAUAAGGAUCAGAUCAUUACCUCCUGAUAUAACAGUGACAUUUGAAUGUUGUUUUCUUAUUAAUUACUGCAGAAUCUGUACCAAUUAUCUUUUGAAAAUAUGAUUGCAAAGUAUUAGUUAACUUUAACUAAAAGUUCCAAAUUAUGAACUCUCAUCGUUGCCAUUGGACACAAUAAAUGGCAAUGGAAUUACUUUUUAUCAUUUAUUCUCAAAAUAAUUUCAAAUUAAAAAAGUAGAGGAAACUAAAUGAAAGAAAGACAUGUAAUUCCUUACUGCAAUUCCACAUAAAAUUAAUAGUUUUGAACUUUUAUCCAAGUCAUAUGUAACUUCUGAACUGUUGUGUUUUGUGUUUUUCAUGUUAUCUUAAACAUAUUUUAUUUCCUUUGUUCAUUUUUUAUAUGUUGAAGAAAUCUUAAUAACUUAUUGUUACUUACAUUUCUGAGUUAUGAACAACUUUAAGAUAACAGAAUAUUCUAAUGCUUUGUGGCAUCAGAUCUCAUAACUGUAGUUCAACAUUUGGUUGAAAACUUUGUAUUUACAUCAAAUUUGCAUUUACUUACAGAUUUGUAAACAUGUUUUAUGUAAAUUUGAAAUCUUAAAGCGUCUUGCAAAAAAAUAAUAUUCUAAUGCAUUUUAAUAUGACUACUUUUAAAGAAUUCUAUUAAAAUUGCUUUUAAUAUUUCAUUACCAGUUUUUUUUUUUUUUUUUCAGAAAGUCUAGACGUUUCAAAAACAAAAAUUAUUGUAAGUACUCUAUAAUCAGAUGCAAAAUCGAUUUGAUUGUAUGCUUUUGUCUUAAAUUGAUACAGGAAAUAAAUUUGUACAUGUUGCACCAAAAUCUACUUUUUAUAAUUCAUUUAUAUAACUGUUUGCUGAAAAAAAUGGCAUUUUUAAUAGCAAAAUUAAUUGUUUACUAUGAUGUGAGAAGUAAAAGCCCACAAACAGAAUUAAGAAUCGAAAAAUGAUGAUUAUCUUAAUUUGUAGUGAACAGCAUUUCUUAGCAUAUAUCAUUUCAUUGUUUUGAGACGAUUGGAAACAAAUUUAAAACUUUAAUAAAUUUAUUUCAGUAUAUUUGUAGAUUAUUAAUCAUUUUAAAGGAUAUGCUAAAGGAAAAUUCUUAAAUGCUUUCAUCCAAUUAUAUAUUUUCUAUAUCUUCAACAUGAGAAAUUGAAAAUGAAAAAAUAAAGGAGGUGAAUCAGUUUUAACAUAAAAUACAAAGAUAAUUUGUAUGAAUUUUGAUAAAAGCUUGGAAUUCUUUUAUUUGAUAGAAAAUAUUUUUGGGAAAAAAACGUUUCAACUUUUUUAUCAAAUAUACAAAUUUUUGAAUUACUAUAUUUGUAAAUUUAUUGAUCUGAAUUCAAUUUUAUUUGCAUCUGGGGACAAUUAUUCGCAAGAUGAAGAUAUUCUAAGGUAAGAUGAUACAAUGCAACUUAUGAUAAAACAGAAAUGGAAAGAAGAAAAAAAAACCCUAUUAAAAAUUUAUUCCAAGUGAUACUAACUUGCAUUUUGUUUUUAUACAGAUUUUUAGAAUUCAAAUAAAAAAAAAAGACAACAUAUCUCACUAGAAAUUGAAGUAAAUCUUUAUUUCACACUGAGUGGAUACACUAAAUAUUGUUACAAAUCUGUAAUGUUGCUUCCCAGCACGUUUAGUUCAACCACUGGAAAGACCGUUUUACUAUCAGCUCUGUUGGAUGCUGCUCGGGUGCCGAAUUAGUGCUCCCAGAGCUUGGUGUAUCGACAAAAUAGGUAAUAUUGGAAUCUUCCAUAAUUUUGGCGAUUGAGCCAAUAGGAACCAAAUUAUGCCUGAUUGUUCCAGAACCUUCUCUGCCCUCCUCCGGAAACUAUAAAUGGCUGGCCAUCUAAGCUAAAGACAAUUGUAGAAAGGGUCGUCGAGAGGCUUAGAGUCGCACAACGAAUCAACAGCGAAUUUGUUGGGUUAGUCCAGCGAAACGCAGGUAUUAAGUGGAGCUAAAGCGAUUUUUGAAUUGAGUUGUCCUUGCCGAAUCCUUGAAUUUAUUUUAGAAGCAGCAUCGAGUUGUGUGAGGAGUAGCCAGUAUUAGUGAUUCGGCAGUUGGAUACAGCUAAAGCGAGGAGACAGUGGAGAAUUGCAGGCGUUUGGAGGAACCGUAGAGAGUAGCUACGAAGAUUCCCUCCUCCUCCUGAAUUCUGUCUGGCCACUUUGUGUGCUGCGUUUGUUAUUACUACUUGUGGUCUUCUGUUUGUUGUUAAGUGCUGCUGUGUAUUGCUUGUGUUCGCUUCGGUUGUGCAUUUGUUGUCUUAUCUUCGUGUUAAUAAACUCGUCAUUUAUUACUGCGAUCUGUUGAUUGUGUUUCUUGAUCGACUCACAAAUCGAAAGAAGCCCGGAUUCAUAACAAUAUCUUAUUGCCGACAUUUUAUUAGUAAAGCUAAUGACAGGUUCAUUGUGUUUCUUUUUAUUGUUUCAGAUACAAGAGACUCACAAUUAUGAUAAUCUUCUCUUCUGCCUAGUAAUCAAUAGACAUAAAGUAGUUGUGGAAAUUACGAAUUCCAUAUUAAAUCAUAUAUUAAAAUUAUGAAUCACAGUAAAUCACAUAUUAAAAUUACGAAUCACAUAUUAAAAUGUUUUUAAUAUCAAACUUUCAUAAAACAAACAAAAACAUUUGUUAUUCAAAUACUUUUACAUACUUCAGACUGUGUUUGAUAUGAUUUGUCUUUGCUGCAGUUGUUCGUGAAACAUCGGGAACAGUAUUUUUUAUCUCUCCUUGUUUGGCCCAUGAAUUCAGGAACAUCCUUUAUUUUAUAAAAAUAUAUAUCACGAUUAUUUCCUGACCUUAUCGAUUUAAAGUAGGUUUUACUUAUUUCUUCAGAUUAUGGUAAUGAUUUAUGAUUGCGUGCAAACAAAAUAGCUGAAAAACUCCAAACUAUGUUGAGGUGUUUACUCUAUUGCUUCCCAUUUAUUAGCAGGAGCUGAAACCUUUGCUUGAAGGAUUUUAAAGGUAAGACCCGAUUAACUUUACUUAGAAUCUAUAUUCUCAGUUGGCCCAGAUCGGUUUUUCCUGGCCACAUAAAUCAGGUAACUUUGUGCUGAUUUUCAUUUUAAAAUGAAUUUGAAAUUAAUUGCAUGUAUUUAUCUUUAAAAAUAAAUGUUAAUACAUGAGUUUUUGUUUUGACUUUACUGACCCUUAU